CGAGCAGUAGAACCAGCCGGUGGUCAGCGACGUUUUCUCUGUCGUCGCGCGCGCGGGACACCUCGAGCCGCGCUCGUUGCACGUACAACACCUGCCGCGCGAUUAGGCACGCACGAUUCGUCCAUCCGUAACCCGUUUCGGCGACCUUUUUUUGAGACGGCAAAUUUUGAGCAUUGCCUCACCCCCGACCCGAAAAUCGGGGCGGCAUCGACGCAGCGCGAUCGCCCGGGUGCCGUCGAAAUCAUGCACGGGAAAACGAUUGACGAUAACAACAACGACACCAAUGACAUGUCAAUUCGCGAGUGAAUAUGCGGACGAGAGAAUGAGACUCGCUCGUUCGAGGCGGGUGAGCAUCCUCAGAAACGUCGGAAGCGGACAGUCUCGCCAUGAUGUUGGUUCCACAAGAUAUCAUGGGUGGCCCAUCGAAGAUGCUGUACCAGAUGAACAAAUAUUACGCCGAGCGAGUACAGGCUCGCAUGGGCCAGGUGCAGAAGACUAUACGGGAGGUGUGCAAGGUCGUGCAGGACGUGCUCAAGGAGGUCGAGGUGCAGGAACCGCGCUUCAUCUCCUCGUUGACCGAGUGCAACGGCCGCUACGAGGGCCUCGAGGUGAUAUCUCCGGGUGAAUUCGAGGUGGUCCUCUACCUGAACCAGAUGGGGGUUUUCAACUUCGUCGACGACGGCACCCUGCCGGGCUGCGCCGUGCUGAAGCUCAGCGACGGGCGCAAGAGAUCCAUGUCCCUCUGGGUGGAAUUUAUCACCGCGUCCGGUUACCUGUCGGCCAGGAAGAUACGCUCGAGAUUUCAGACUCUGGUGGCGCAGGCCUGUGACAAGUGUAACUACAGGGACUCGGUGAAGAUGAUCGCCGACACGACCGAGGUAAAGCUGCGGAUACGGGAGCGUUACGUCGUGCAGAUCACGCCGGCGUUCAAGUGCUCCGGCGUGUGGCCGCGAUCCGCCGCACACUGGCCGAUACCGCACAUCCCCUGGCCGCAUCCUAAUCUGGUGGCGGAGGUCAAGACGGAGGGUUUCGACCUACUGUCGAAGGAGAGCGUCGCGCUCCAGGGCAAGCAGUCGGCGAUGGAGGGUGACGCCUGGGUAUUGUCGUUCACGGAAGCGGAAACCAGGCUGCUGCAGGGCGGCUGUCGCCGCAAGUGUCUCAGCAUACUCAAGACUCUGAGGGACCGGCAUCUCGAUCUACCCGGGAAUCCGGUCACUAGCUAUCACAUGAAGACCCUGCUGCUGCACGAGUGCGAGAAGCAUCCCCUCGAGACCGAAUGGGACGAGGGAUGCCUGGCCGAUCGUAUUAACGGCAUCUUCCUGCAGCUGAUAUCCUGCCUGCAGUGUCGGCGAUGUCCGCACUACUUCCUGCCGAAUCUCGAUCUCUUCAAGGGAAAGUCACCUAGCGGUCUGGAAAAUGCCGCGAAGCAAGUUUGGAGACUUACAAGGGAGUUGCUCACGAACAGCCGCGCGUUAGAAAAGCUUUAGCGUUCUCCUCCUCCGAAAGCACGAGAAAACGUGCGAUGAUGUGAGAGAGAGAGAGAGAGAGAGAGAGAGAGAGAG